GAUGGAUCUGCAUCGUUCAAAUUAGGGUUCUGCCUAUAUAAGCCGGCGAUGGCCGCUGGCAUUUAUUUCCUUUCUUUGGGGUUGUCGAUCGGCGUGUAGAUCCUCUGAACGACGUCGUAUCCAGUCGCUCCCUGGGAAGAUGACGAAGCGUACCAAGAAGGCUGGAAUUGUUGGGAAAUAUGGUACCCGAUAUGGUGCAAGUUUGCGGAAGCAAAUCAAGAAGAUGGAGGUUUCCCAGCAUGCAAAGUACUUUUGUGAAUUUUGUGGGAAGUUCGCUGUGAAAAGAAAAGCAGUCGGGAUCUGGGGUUGCAAAGAUUGUGGCAAGGUCAAGGCUGGUGGUGCUUAUACUUUGAACACUGCUAGUGCUGUGACGGUCAGGAGCACUAUUCGCCGGUUGAGAGAACAAACUGAAAGCUAAGAAGUGAAGGAUAAUGCAAUCAUGCAAUUCUAAGUUAUCAGAGCAGAGACUAGUUUUUAUUUUUAUUUUUGAUAAGCCAUUGUAUGCUGACUCUCAUUACAAGAAUCAAGCUUCUGGAAUUACUUUGCGUUUCUUCA